UCGUGUGUGUGAGAAACUAUCUCUCUCUCUCUCCCUGACUUGCACCAGUCUGAGGCUACAGAGACAUCAAGGUGCCCUGCUGGAAUAAUGCCUCUUGGAUUUGUGGGAUUCAGAUUAUAUUUCAUGAUUUUAGCAGGAGAGUUUUUCCUGCAUACGGACGGCACAGAGGAGCUGUCAGCUGAUCGUCUCCUCCAACCGGCCCAGCAGGAGUCCUCUGUGCUGAAGCCCACAGUGCUGAUCACCAUCCUUGCCCGCAAUGCACAGCACAGCCUCCCUUAUUUCUUAGGAUGCAUUGAGAGACUGGACUAUCCAAAGGACCGUGUCACCAUCUGGGCGUCCUCUGACCACAGUGUGGACAACAGCACAGCCAUGCUUCACGAGUGGCUCAGAGGAGUUCAACACCUUUACCACUCAGUGGAGUGGAGGCCUGCAGAGCAACCGAGCUCUUAUGCAGAUGAGCAGGGUCCCAAACACUGGCCUGACUCUCGGUUCACCCAUGUGAUGAGGUUAAAACAGGCGGCACUCAGAGCUGCCAGACGACUAUGGGCUGACUACAUACUGUUUGUGGACAGUGACAACUUGCUGACAAACCCUCAGGUGCUUUCUGACAUGAUAGCAGAGAAUCUGACAAUUGUGGCUCCAAUGCUGGAAUCAAAGAGCCUUUAUUCCAACUUCUGGUGUGGCGUGACUCCUCAGGGCUACUACAGGCGAACCCCAGAGUAUGUUCCCAUCCGUAAAUGGAAGUGGCUGGGCUGCUUUGCUGUCCCCAUGGUGCACUCCACCUUCCUGCUGGACCUGAGGCGCAGAGCCAGCCAAGCAUUGGCGUUCCACCCUCCUCACCCCCAGUACCCCUACAAUGUUGAUGACAUCAUGGCCUUCGCUUUCUCUUCACAGCAAGCAGGGGUUCAGAUGUACGUGUGCAAUAAGGACCAUUAUGGAUACUUACCAGUGCCUCUUAAACAAGACCAGACACUGGAGGAAGAAGAGGAGAGUUUCACCCACACACUGACGGAGGCUCUCAUUGCCUACACCAUGGAGCCUUCACAGUAUGUGCACACUUUGCCUAAAGAACCAGGAAAGAUGGGAUUUAAUGAGAUCUAUCUGAUCAAUCUGAAGCGCCGCUCAGACCGGCGGGACAGGAUGUUGAGUUCUUUGGCUGUCCUCGGCAUCGACGCCACACUGACAGAAGCUGUGGAUGGCAAAGCCUUGAACUCCUCUCAGCUGCUGGCCAUGGGUAUAGACAUGCUGCCUGGGUACAAAGACCCAUACUCAGGCCGUGUGCUGACUAGAGGGGAGAUCGGCUGCUUCCUCAGCCACUACAACAUCUGGAAACAGGUGGUGGAGCAGGAACUGCAGCAGGUGCUCGUGCUGGAGGAUGAUGUGAGAUUUGAGCCGAGGUUUAGCAGCAGACUGGUGGCUGUCAUGGAAAAUGUACAGCGAGUGGGGCUUGAAUGGGACCUCAUUUACGUAGGCCGUAAGCGGCUGCAGGUGAAGGAGCCAGAGCACUGGGUGAAGGGAGUCAGCAACCUCGUGUACCCAGACUACUCCUACUGGACCUUGGGUUACGUCCUCUCACUGAGCGGAGCCCGGAAACUCCUGCAGGCAAAACCUCUGAACAAAAUGCUGCCUGUUGAUGAGUUCCUACCCAUCAUGUUCAACAAGCACCCCAAAGAUGAGUACAUGCAGCAUUUCGAGCAGAGGGACCUGAGAGCGUUUUCAGUGGAGCCUCUGCUGCUCUUCCCCACACACUACACCGGCGAGCCCGGCUACUUCAGCGACACAGAGACCUCCACCAUCUGGGACGACGAGGCCGUGGAAACAGACUGGGACAGAGAGGGGGCCAAACAGCGGCGUGACACUGAGGAAGUAGGGUUUGGACCUGAGGCUCCUCGCUCUGCUCGUGGUGGCGUGCCUCCUCUCUCUGCCAGUGCAAACAGAGAUGAACUCUGAGGCCAUGUCAUGUCAUGUUACACACUAUGGCCAGCUGAAUAUCCUCAGGGGGGGCCGUGGGGCACCAAUUAGCAACUGGGCCCCUAUUCAACUUUAUUCCUCCCCCUUUCUGUGCAGUGUGAAGAGUUUUUCUAAGAUGGAGGACAUUAUCUGUGUUCUGUGUUCUUUGGAAGAAAGCUAAUAGUAAGGAAUAAAAACUUGUUGAUACAGGGUUUCAGUGGUACAGUUUUUCAAACAAAUUUUCAAUUUAAUUAGCAAAAGCCAGUUAAGCCUCUUAUGUUUGGAGCUUUCGGGGGCCCACAAGCUGUGCACCCCCAGUGCAGUUGCUAUAGUGGUAAUUCAGCCCUCUGUACAUCAAGCAGCCCGGUCACCAGAAUAUAAUGUCGGCACUGCAAACCCCGGGUUAUGUAUAUUUACACGUUUUAUACCUACAGUAUGAAGUACUUUUGAUUACAUGUCUAUGAGCUGAGUUUCUCAUCAAGGGGAGGAAGGGAUGGUGGAUGGUGUGACACACAAGCAGCAAA